AUGGAGGCCAAGAUCCGAUGGCUAAGCGAGGAGUGGCAGCCCAUGUUCCAACAGCGAAAGCAAGAAGUUCAAGCACAAAGGCUUGACGCUGAAGAAAGAGUCAGGCGCGAGAAGGCAGCCGAAGAAGAUCGGAAGAACUAUGAAUGUGGAGGGAUGGAAGCAGAAGAUGCAGCCACCAUUUGCCCAGCGAUGUUUUUGUUUUCAUUUGGCUCCGUCGGGCUUACUCGGUGCGGGGGCAGACUGUGUCUUGGGGUUUGGUCCUGGAAACCUCAGAUUUCACUCCUCGACUGGCUUGCUUUUUUUGCGGUUUGUGGAGUGUUUUUGGCGUGA